AUGGCGGACACAAUCAGGAUCCUGGUGGCAACGGACAACCAUGUGGGCGCCCAUGAGCGAGAUCCCAUAAGGGGUGACGACUCUUGGAAGACGUUCCAUGAAAUCAUGUGUCUGGCCAAAGAACGCGAUGUCGAUAUGGUUCUACUGGCAGGAGACUUGUUUCACGAGAACAAGCCAUCUCGAAAGUCCAUGUACAAUGUCAUGCGCUCCCUACGGCUCAACUGUUUAGGCGACAAACCGUGUGAGCUGGAAAUGCUCAGCGACGAAUCCGAACACUUCGACGAAACCUUCGACCAUGUCAACUACGAAGACCAAAACAUCAACGUUGCCAUUCCCGUAUUCUCGAUUCACGGCAACCAUGAUGAUCCAACUGGGGACGGCCACUAUGCAGCGUUAGACCUGCUUGCUGUUUCGGGCUUGAUCAAUUACUACGGCAAGACACCGCAAAGCGAUAAUAUCGUGGUCAAGCCAGUACUCAUCCAGAAAGGACGCACCAAGCUUGCCCUCUACGGCUUGUCCAAUGUUCGAGAUGAACGAUUAUACCGCACAUUUCGGGAUCACAAAGUCCAGUUCCACCGUCCAAGCACACAGAUGGGGGACUGGUACAACUUGAUCUGUGUGCAUCAAAACCAUCACGCCCACACUGAGACCUCAUAUCUUCCUGAGAACUUCUUACCAGACUUCCUCGACUUGGUCAUUUGGGGCCACGAACAUGAAUGCCUGAUUGACCCACGUGAAAAUCACGAGAUGAAUUUUCAAGUCAUGCAACCAGGUUCAUCUAUCGCCACCUCUCUGAUACCGGGCGAAGCUGUUCCAAAGCACGUCGCCAUCCUGUCCAUAACCGGCCGGGAGAUGAAAAGCGAGCCCAUUCGUCUCACCACAGUACGACCGUUUGUGUACAAGGACUUGACUUUGAAGACUGACAAAGAAGCCGUCAAAAUAGCCAAGAGCAAAGAAGACCACCGUAUCCAGCUUACGCAGUACCUCAUCAAGGUUGUCGAUGGUCUGAUUGCACAAGCCAAACAAGAAUGGCAAGACGCUCAAAGUGAGCGCGAGGUCUAUCCUGACGAAGAAGAGGAAUGCCCAUUGCCAUUGAUCCGUCUUCGUCUUGAAACGAGCUCCGCGGAUGGUAUAGGGAAAUUCCAGAUCGAAAAUGCGGCGCGCUUCUCGCACAGAUUCAUCGACAAGGUCGCCAACACUCAAGACGUGGUUUCGUUCCAUGUGAAGAAGAAAAAUGCAGCAGCACGCGCAGCGCGCGACGAAGCAGCCGAGAAGGAAAUUCUUGAAAAGUUCCAGGGCAUUGACAGCGUCAAGGUCGAACAGCUCGUCCACGAAUUCCUGGAUGCUCAAUCACUCACGAUUCUGCCACAGAACCAGUUCGGAGACGUGGUCAGCCAGUACAUCGCCAAGGAUGACAAGCACGCCAUGGAACUUUUCGUGAACGACAGUCUUGCAACACAAAUCAGGAGCCUUGUCAAAAUACAGACGGAGGCUAACGAGAAUGCUGACGAGGACGACCUCGCCGAGCAAAUCAAGGAACAACGUGCGAGGAUGGAGCAGCUGUUCACGGAAGGUCUCCUCAAAUCCUCGACUGUUAAAGCGAAAUACAAGCCUGCACCGGAAGAUUGGGAUGCCGACAUAUACGGGCCGUGGGAGGAUCAGCCUGCUGCUCGGAUUCUUGAUGACGACGAAUCCCACGACCAAAGCAGCAACGAUGGAGAGGAGGGAGAGGGCACGCCGGCGCCACGAGCAACGGCAACAAGAGGACGUGGCCGCGGACGUGGGGGCCGAGGUGCGUCAACGGUCACAAGAGGGAAACGUGCGCCAGCUAAAAAGCCCACCACGACGACAAGGGGCAAGAAGAGGGCAGUUUUGGAGGAUGACGAUGACGAUGAAGAGGGGGAAGAUGUCGUUAUGCUCGAGGACGAUGACGAUGAGGUAGAAGAAGCAGGCGACGAUGACGAGGACUCGCAGGCACUCUUCAUCCCUGAGAAGCGGAGAAACGGGACCGCCUCCUCCAGCAGUGCGAGGACCCGUACCACGGUGGGCGCGGGCGCGGGCGCGAGCGCGAGUACAAGGGGGAGAAAAGCUGCGUCGCCUGUGAAGAAGACACCCGCACGCACCGCUCUGUCGAGAACCGCAAAGCAGAGCACUUUGAAUUUCACAGCAUCCCAGAACAGCAUCCUGGGCAAUGGGAGAAGCUCUGGCACCCGAGGACAGAGUGUCGACAUAGAGGAUGACGAUGACGACGAUGAUGCGUUCGAGGCAAUGCCUGCCUCGAAGGCUCCGUCCAGGAGGAAGCGGUAA